GGAGGAGACAGACAAGCAACAAGAGCAGAAGUCACUUCAGAGCAGUAACAGAGAGAGAGUGAGACCGAAAGGUUCGUUGGAGGAAGAAGAAGAAGAGACGAACUUUCAUCAUAUCAGGAUGUUUGUUUUCAUCUGGGCGACUCUGCUUUUCUCUCUGAGAGUCAGUGAUGCUGAGACAGGUUCUUCAGUGUGGGGGAAAACAAGUUGUCCGUUGACGGAUUACUGUAUCACUCUAGUUGAAGGAAACAUAACAGCGGAGGCCGGGCUCUGUGUCGUGAUACCAUGCUCCUUCACUGUUCCUGAGAAUAUCAAAGUCUUACAUAUAGUUUGGUUUAAAUGUGAAUCGACUGAAGGGAACUGUGGUGAUGGAGACAUGAUUUUCAACAGUAACACCUUCAGCGAUCAGGUUCAGUUGGAGUUUAAAGGACGAGUGUCACUGCUGAAGUCUGAUGUGAGCCAGAAAAACUGCAGCAUCAUCAUCAAUGACCUGAAGGAGUCGGACUCUGGAACAUAUCAACUCAGAGUUGAAGCUUUACCGGUGGCAGGUUCAGGAACAUUCUCCCAAACAGCAACUGUCUCUGUUAAAGGUCUGAGUCAGAGGCCCACAGUGAUGAUUCCCCCUCUGACGGAAGGACAGCUGACCACACUGACCUGCACUGCUCCUGGUCUCUGCUCUGGAUCUGAACCUACAUUCACCUGGAGGUGGCGAGGAGGAGGAGAGAGCGACGCUGACCUCACAGGAAACAUCACGGCCUUCAAAACUGAGAACGUGGCUGCGUUCGCUAAGAGACGCAGCUCGACUCUGUCCUUCUCCCCUUCAGCUGAACAUCACGGAACCAACAUCACCUGCACGGUCCUCUUCCAAGCACACGUGAGCACAGAGGAGACGGCGACUCUGAGUGUGAGCUACAGUCCCAACAAUGUGACAGUUCAAGCCAAUCCUGGUCUUGAUGUGAAUGAAAAUGUGUCGUUGACACUGAGCUGUUCUGCUGAGUCCAACCCACCAGUGAGCUCUGUCACCUGGAGGAAGACGACUGAUGGGAGAGAGGAAAUCAUCCAACAGACUCAGACUCAGACCUUCAGGGUGAAUUCAGCCAGUCCCUCUGACAGUGGACUGUACAGCUGUGAAGCCACCAAUGAUAUUGGAAGUGGAAAGUCACAGCCAGCUGAGGUUAAAGUCAGAUUUUCUCCAAAACACACACACAUCACGGAGUCGGCAGAGAAGCAGGAGCUUGACGGGAGGAGCUCCGUGAUGCUGAGCUGCUUCAGUCACAGCUUUCCCCCAGUCCAACACUACUCAUGGUACAGGAAGAGUCAGGGAGAGGAAAAGGAUGAACUUGUGUCAGAGCAUCAAAACCACACAGUGUACUCAAACCAGUCAGGAGUCUACUACUGCAUCGCACAAAAUGAAGUAGAUCAAAGUGUGUCUGAUCCCGUCCAUCUGUUUGAACGAAACUAUCUGCACAUCCUGAAGUUCAUCGUUCCUGCUCUAUUUGUCCUGAUGAUCAUCAUUUUAAUCGUCGUAGUUUUAAGAUUCAGGAGGAAAAAAUCUAUUCAACAAGGAACAACAAACACCAAAUCCCCUUCUGUUUCUUCGAAUGAACCAGAGAGCCUGCCCGACUAUGAAAACAUUAGUGAUGUAACUGCACGUGCACCAACAUCUCCAAAUCUACUUGACGAACACACCAGUGAAGGUGAAGUGGAGCUGAACUUUCCACAGGUGAGAUUCACAGCGACGCCCCGACGUCAGACGACCAACAGAGACUCCAGCAGCUCACACCAAGAUGAGAGUCUUUACUCUAACGUCAACAUUUGACCCGAGAUGUUCUCGUCAGGUCAGGUCAAAAAUCGUGCAGGUCUGUCAAUGUGAGACAUGAGCCUGCUUUGCCUUACAAAGGUCCUCAAAUCUUGGGGCAACGUUUGACUAACAUAUCCUCAGGUCAUCCUCGAUCUGUGCAUGGUUGUGAUAUUUAGUUUUGAGCGCAGUGAGUCUUGAAAAGCCGGCCCCGCACAAAUAAGUCGACGCGAAAAGGAGGAUCAUUUUUAAGGCUAAGAUUAGGCUACAAAUAGGCCUACUGCAAGUGCAGGAAGGUAUUACUAAGGAAGGAGUGAGUCUUUAAAAAGACUUUAUAAAGCAAUGAAUAUCUGAAUGACAGAGGAAACAAGAGCAAUCACACAAACUCUGCCGGGUGUCGUCUCAGUGAGGGUGAGAGCUGACCAUGCCUGCAGUUGACACUCCUCUUUUGAUUGGUGGAUCAGGAACGAAACAGUAAUUGAUUUGUUUGUGUCAGUCCAGCCCCUUGCAUUUCGCCACUGAGGGAGCCUUCACUAACCAGUGACAGGUCGGCGAUCUUUUUUUAAUUUUUUUUUUAUCUCCGUCUGUGACAUCGCGCAAUAUAGAAAUAUUGAUAAGACAAUCCUCAAAAGAUUCAUAAAUAAAAAAGAGAAAGGGGAAAUAAAAUAAGUAGCCUGGAGUGCAGUAGCUGAGGUAAAGAGAAUAUUCACAGAAGAGAUGGAGGAGGAGCUUGCAAAACACUUGAAACAACUAGCUGACCAGUUCCAUGGCCUUGCUCCAGUCAAGUGCCGUGAACUGGCAUUCGAAUACGCAGAGAAAAACAAUAUCCCUGUCCCUGCCAAUUGGAUAGAGAAACAAUGUGCAGGUAAGCUAGGGUGUGCAAGAGAUCACAUGAAUCAUAAUAAUCAUAAAUGUGCUUUAUUGAUCAAUCCCCAUGAUUCUGUUACUAGUCCAAUAUUAGUGGUUGACAAUCUAGCUGUCAGGAUUUUAACAAUUACAACAUGUGUUGUUAUGGUAGUUUUAAAGUGGAAAAAUUAAGUGGAUCAAGACACAAGACCACAAUCAUAUUUUCACUGCUCUUUGUCCUGAAGACAUUCUGAUCAUUUCCAUUUCUAGAAAACAUCCUGAAUUAAUGGGAAAUGUGUAAAUUUGACUGAUGUAUCAUUUUAGCUCACCUAGAGGGGAUCAAAUGUAAACAAAAUUCUCACAUUACCCCGCUCUCCUACUUAGGUAAAAAUGAUAAAUAUUUGAAAAUGUCAAUUAAAGGUUCUGGGGAAAAUAGUGAGCAUAGCUAAUUGUGAGGGAUAAACGGUUAAAACCCUUAUUUUGCAACUUAAAAUGUAUAUCAUGUGAGUGUAAAAUGAUUGUAUUAAUAACUUUUUAUAUUAUAUAUAUAUAUAAAUGACAUGCAGUUAGACAAGAAAUGCUGAGAAUCACUGUUGAAUGUUUUUUUUGUGCUUUCCAGUGUUUUGAACUUAAUCUAAACCCACACAUCUGAAAU